AUGGCCGAGCAGGGGAACAAGACGACGAGCUGGUGGAGGAGGUUCCGGUGGCUAUACGCGGUGCGGUGCACCUUAGCGUGCGUGGUCACCAUGGUGGCCGUGGCAGUGAUCGUCCGGGCGGUGGUGGUGAUGCUCCGCCCCGAGAAGCUCCAGCUGAAGCUCGCCGCCGGCCGCAUAGCUGCCAACUACAUACCGUCGCUGCCACCCCCGGGCAACGAGGUGUGGCUCAAGUUCGUCCUCAGGGCCUACAACCCAAGCGGGCGCGCCACCCUCGAGUACGCCAACGUCACCGUCCGGCUCACGGACGCGUCGUCGUCAUCUUCUUCAGCGGAGGCGCCUACAGCGAGGAUCGCCGAGUUCGACCUUCCGAAGCCCAUCGACGUGAUGCAGAAGACAUUGAGCGAGGUGCUCGUGCCGUUGUCGCUGGUGCCGAAGGAGGACCUACCGAUGCGGUACGUGCGCGCGCUCUACGAGGGGCGCGGCGUGGCCGACGCGGAGAUGGAGCUGAGAGGGAUCUUGUCCACCCACGUGGCGAUGUCCACCACAAGUGUCCUCACCACGUACUACUGCUGGCCGGUGACCAUCGCCGUCGGCCCGGGCGACUACGCCGCCGCCGACGUGGCCUGCUUCGACAAGUUGGACGCCCCGGCUCAUGUGUGA